AUGUGCAAAUCUGAAAACCUUUUCAAGUACACUGGAAUGGAUUCCUUGAAAAUGCUCAUUCUAUCUGAUUGCUCAAACAUUUCAAGACUUCCUGAAUUUGGAAAAAAUAUGAUAAGCAUGUCAGUGCUUAAUUUAAUGCAUUGCAAAAAUAUUAUGUGCCUUCCAAACAACAUUAGUAACCUGAAGUCUCUCAAAAUUCUCAAUAUAUCAGGAUGCUCAAAAAUUUGUAGCCUGCCAGACGGUAUAAAGCAAAACACGACUUUGGAGGAUCUUGACUUGAGUAGAACUGCUAUUGGAGAAAUGGAUCCCUCCCUACUUCAAUUAAGGAAUCUCAAAAUAUUAUCUUUAAGUGGAUGUGGUUUGCCAGCUUCUGACUCUAGACGGGACGUGAGUCGGCCAUAUAGGGAUCAGUGGGGGGAUCAGUUCAGGUAUUUCUCAGCUGACACAGGCUUAAUAUUGCAUUCUACUUUCUCAGGUCUUUCCUUAUUAACUGUUUUUGAUUUGAGCUAUUGUAAUAUCACUGAUGAUUCAAUUCCCCAUGACAUUGAUGGCUUAUUAUCACUGGAGAGACUGAUUCUAUCAGGGAAUAAAUUUCUGCACCUACCCACUUGCUACUUUGUUAAACUUUCAAAGCUUCGAUAUCUUGAAUUGGAAGACUGUCCUCAGCUUCAAUAUGAACCAUUGCUUCCACCACAUUUUCUUAAUCUUUCAAAGUUUCACUAUCUUGAAAUGGAAGACUAUCCUCAUCUUCAUUCUAUGGGAUGGCUUUCACCACAUGUAUGCUUUUACUCAAUAGAUACUGAUAGGAAGAAAUCUAAAUUAUUAGAUCCUAAAAAGAUAUGGAAGCUGUUUGAAUCAUUCAACAAAGAACUCUUUCUCUCACCCGUGUUGUUGAUAGAUGAUUACCCUUAUCCUGUGUACACGGAAAUCCCUUCGAGAUUUGAUAAUCAUAAUUUUUUCCCCUUGAGCUCAUCAUAUGUGUCAGAAGCUGACUCAAUUGCAUCAAUAACAGUAAAGAUCCCUACUGGUUUUCGUUCAAAUAAUAGGUGGGCAGUUGUUGUAUUUGUGGCCUUGGAGGAAAUUGAUGAAGGCUUUCAGGCCCGAGUAAAGCUGCUUCACAAUACCAAACCAGAUUUGGAACCUGAAGAUGGCUCAUCCUUAUCUCUCUUCUCUAGUUCAAUAGCAAACAAUAAACUUUACCUGUUCACAAUGGUAAGGAGUGGUGAUUUUAUAUACAUUUGGCGACACAUAAGAGGGGAGGGAACGUCCGAGCUCAGAUCCUUUAGCAAGCAUCGGAAGCCAGAGUUCAGGGAAAACAGUUUGUUGCGUUUUGAAGUGCAAGUGGAAGGGUGCAAGAUAAGGAAGUGUGUAGGGCGUGUGGUUCACAAGGAAGAUUAUCUUGAAGACUUUAAAGAGGUGAACAACGGUGAACUUUCUAUGGAACCUUCAAAUUCCGAGCAUAUCAGUGGUAUGUGUGAAUCAACUGUGGAUGAAUUAAAGGGAGAGAAUGCUACUGCUUUUGAUGUGCAGAACAUAGAAAAAUCUAAUGAAAAUUUCUUUCUCGGAAAAAUGUUUCAGAAUAUUAGACAAGGAAUAGGUUUAAGCAUACUAAUUUUAAUGUCAAUGAUGGUAGCUGCUACAUUAUUCCCUCUGCCUGUGCAAGGUUUCUGCUUUAAAAAGCACACCACAACAAAUGAACUCCAGAGUAAACCAUUUAAAUCACAUCGGGUUUCCCACAAAACUGUAUUGAAGAUUGUCUUUCAAGUGGCUGGUGGGGGGAGGCUGUACUUGUGGCACUUGUGUUGGAAAUUUGAUACUCUAGGACCUGAAGAUAGCCCUUCCUUAUCAAUGUCUGCCAGUUCAACAGCAUAUAGUGAUCUCUACCUCGUCACAAUGGUAGUGAGUGGUGAUUUUACAUACAUAGAGAGACACCGAAGGGAGGACCGAAUCAUCGUAACAGAAAUGUGA